AAACCGUGGAACGCGACCAAGAAACCGAUAUUGUUUUACCUCAUUCGGGAGAAAUCUGCGGUACAGAUUGUGCACAACAAUUCAGCAAGGAUUUUUUAUCACGGAGCACUUCGGUAUCGCUGGAUACAGCCAUGGGGCUCGACUUCCUGGCCGACGGAGGUGCCGACUUCGAGCAUGCAAUCACCGUUACGGGAUUCGGCAGGUUCCAUUAUAUGCUGCUGGUGAUAUGCGGAUUAAUUUAUAUGGACACAGCCAUCGGCGUAACGAUAAUCUCGUUCGUCUUACCAGCGGCGCAAUGCGAUCUCUCGAUGGAUUCCACCACCAAAGGGUGGCUGAGUGCGUCGCCAAUGUUUGGAAUGGUCAUUGGGUCCUACAUCUGGGGGUGCCUGGCUGAUACCAAAGGGCGAAAAAUAGUGUUAAUUGCUACAUUAUUGAUGGAUGGAAUUGUGGGGAUUGUUUCGUCACUCGUCCAACAGUUCUGGCCGUUCUUGCUGUUGAGGUUCUUCAACGGAUUUGCUGUAACUGGAGCAAUGGGAAUUUGCUUUCCUUACCUCGGAGAAUUUCAACCAACGAAAUAUCGGGAAAAAAUUCUUUGCUGGAUGGAGAUGUUCUGGACUGUUGGUGUUAUUGUCCUUCCACUGAUUGCGUGGCUAAUUGUACCGUUGGAUAUCACUUAUCAGUCGGAUUCUUUCGACUUUAAAUCCUGGAAUCUCUUCGUUGCCCUCUGUGCACUGCCGUCCCUAAUGCUAGCCCUUUGGCUUUUCGCUUUUCCGGAAAGCCCGAAGUUCCUUCUAGAGUGCGGGGAGACGGAGAAGGCUCUGGAAGUCUUCCGCUGGAUUUAUGCGCAAAACACUCGGAAUGAUCCUUCCGAGUAUCCAGUGAAGUCUCUUCAAGAAAGGACAAAUCCCAAAGACAAAAGUACGAGAACCCUAAGGUUACAUAAGCGCAAAGAUCUGAAGGUACUUUGCACCGAAGUUUGGGAUCUCACCAAAGCCCUCUGCAAACCUCCUUAUCUCAGAAAUACUAUUUUAGCCUGUAGCAUACAAUUUGGACUUACCAGCAGCUAUUAUACCCUUAUGGUAUGGUUCCCAGAGUUGUUUACAAGAUUCGAAGAAUUUGAAGCUGAUCAUCCUGGGGAGUCGACUUCCGUCUGCAUCGUGUCCCUCCCGACCAAUAGUACUGAUGCAAAUCGUUAUGGAUGUGGAAAUACUAUUGCCACUGAUGUUUAUCUACAUACUGUCUACAUCGGUUUGGCUUGUAUACCGGGCUCCAUCAUUUUGCCUCUCUUCAUUCAUAAAGUUGGAGCUAAAGUUUUUCUCAUUGCAUCACUCGUAAUUUCCGGUGCAGUAACCAUCGGCUUCUAUUUCGUGACGAGUUCAGAUCAGAAUCUCAUUCUUUCGUGCAUCUUCGAGGCCCUCACGUCGUUGGGAAUAUCAUUAGUUUACUGUGUAAUCGUUGAUAUGUUUCCAACGAAUUUAAGGGUGAUGGCAGCUGCAUUGUCUCUGACAAUGGGAAGAUUAGGAGCACUGGUUGGUAAUUUGGUCUUCGGUUAUCUGAUCGAUCUGGCUUGUAUCGUUCCCAUCAUAUUGUUCGCAGAUUUUCUAUUCAUUUGUGGCUGCCUCUCAUUUCUCUUACCGAGAACAGGAAAAGAAACAUUGGACUAAAUUGAGUCAAUUAAAAUCCGAAACAACCAAAGAUUUGUUUAACAAUUUUCCGUCUCAUGUUUCGAGAAAAAUCGUAUUCAGUUGCUGGCAUUCUCAGAAUACAGAUCUUUUUAUCAACACUAAUGGUCCAUGUUAUGGAUAAUGGACACAUAAAAAAAAAUACAGAAAAUCCUAAGACGCGCGCAGUAAUUUCUAUUCAAUUAUUCGAUUAUUUUUCUUAUCGUGUAUUUGAAAUUCUCUUAGAUAAAUGACUUGAUUAUUUUCCAAGUCCCAAGAAAUUUUGAAUGUGAGAAAACAUUUCAAAAUUUGAUUCUAAGGAAUUUCUAUAGAAAACUGCCAAUAGACUAAGUCGCAUUGGAGGAUGAUAGAAUUUUCCGUGGUUUUUAGUGAUUAUUGAGGAAUAUGUUUCACUGAAAAGAACACUCGGAAUUUGAUUUUAGGUCUCAGUAGGAUUUUCUGACUUUUUAUAGUUUUCUAAAAAUUAUUUUACGUCUAGACAUUUAUUUUCUGUAAUGGAAAAACGUUGAAGUUGAAGGAUUCUCGGGCUCAUGAGUGUGAUGUUUCCAAAUAAACAUAAGUAUUUAUUAUCACAUUUUUAGAUAAUGUAAACCAUAAAGUACACUAGGAUCUCAAGAAAACUUCCAAAAAGUUGUAGCUCGAAGUAGAAAUUCGCAUAAGUAUGAGAUAGUUAAGAUUACGAGACUUGUGAAGAAUAUUAUAAUAUAGUUAGACCUAUGUAUUUCUUUUUCUAAAUAUAAUUUAUUAUCGCACUUCAA